UUGAGUUACGUCACCAUCAUGAAUACCUUCCUCGUGUGCCUUUUUGCUGUGGCAACAUGUUUGGCAGUGGAAGGAGAAGGGUUCCAUGUUCCAAGAAAUGACGAUGAUCCAUCGACAGCGUAUCCCGAACAGUGGUUCAGUCAGAAACUGGACCAUUUCAACGUGGUUGAUACUCGCUACUGGAAGCAGAGGUAUUAUGUCGUCGACCAGUUCUAUAAACCAGGCGGACCAGUCUUCUUGUUCGUAGGACCACAGGAAGCUCUUACUCCUACUAUAUUUACUGGGAAUGGAGCUUGGUUAGAGUAUGCCAAGACCUUCCACGCCAUUGGCUUUGCUGUGGAGCAUAGGUUUUAUGGGAAAAGUCACCCAACACCAGACUUGAGCGUCAAAAGUCUACAAUACCUGACCAUUGAACAAGCUAUGGAGGACUUUGCCACCUUCAUAGUCGCAACAAACAAAGAACGCAACUUUACGAACCCGAAGUGGAUCGCAUUUGGUGGAUCAUACUCAGCUAUGAUGUCAACGUGGUUCCGGUCCAAGUUUCCCCAUCUCGUAGCCGGAGCUGUAGCAGACAGUGCACCAGUCGCUUCGCCAGUGUUUGCCGCAGAGUACCAUGUUGCUAUCGGAGACGAUCUACGCACAGAAUCAGGAUGCUACCAGGCUGCGUCAGAUAUAUUUGAUGAAAUCAGGGCAAGUCUCAAGACGGAUGCUGGCGUCAAGAAGCUGCAGUCGCUCUUCAGGUUUUGUGACUUCAAUGCUUCAAACAAACUGGACGUAGAGAAUAUGAAUAUGUACCUCCUUACCCUGAUUGGUUGGACGGCAAUAUUCAACAAGGACACUCCCGAUACCAUGAGUCCACUGCCCGUCCGGUCCGUGCGUACAAUGUGUAAAAUAUUCACUGACAAAACAGCAGGGACGCCGGUGGAACGAUUGGCAAGCUAUGCAGGGAUCGUCAAUCAAAAUUACACAUCCUUGAAAGGUCAAUGUAUGAACAUUACAUUCGCGAGAGCAGUGAGUGUGGGCAGCGAUAUAAACUACAGCAGGGACGACGUUCUGGCAGGACGUCAGUGGAGGUAUCAGAAGUGCACUCAUGUCGGAUUGUUCACCCCAACAUAUGCAAACAAUCAACCCUUCGGACAAGCCUUGAGUGAAGAGUACUUUCUUAAAGGCUGUGAAGGCUAUUUCGGCCCAGAAUUCAACCGAUCUCUGGUUCUGAAAGGCCACGACGAAUUAAUUACUAACUACGCCGGACUUGACGUCAAGAACACCAACAUCGUCUACACCCAAGGGUCCUUUGACCCAUGGUACAAGUAUGGAUUUCAGACGGAUCCGAACCCGGGAGCCACUGUAAUAUUCAUUAACGGUGGUGGCCACACCCCAGACAUGGCAGUUCCUGCGGCCACAGACAUCGCCGGGGUCACACAAGCCAGAGGCAGGAUUCGGCAACUCAUCAGAAAGUGGAUAUCAUCUGGUGCAGUCCCGAUAGUCGGGUGAAGUAGACGUCCUAAUAUUGACAAUUCAUUCUCAUUGAUGAACUCGUAACAGUUAUACAAUUGUCCAAUCGUUAAUGUAGAUCACAAUGUCUAUUCUGUACGGCCAUCUUACUGUAUAAGUAGAACAUGUCCAAGGAAUAAAAUGCAUGUUUCAGAAAUA